AGGCCACGCGCGCCGCUUAGAAGCGCUGGUAUUGUAGGGCCAGUGUUUCUUAUUGCAGUAGAAGAUAGUUAACGUUAGUUAACGUUUGGAACGUGAUUCCUAUAGGCAUUCAUUCAACACGUUACGCGCCAAGUCUGUUUUGUUUUCUUUACCGUUUGGCCCGCUAGAUAAGAUUUUAUCGAAAUGGAUUCGUGACCGGUGUUCCUUUUACGACAAACCAGUUCAUUGCAGUUCUUGGCCCCGUGCAGACAAAAAUUUUCUUUAGCCCUGAGCGUCAAAAUGUCAGUCCGAGAGUGUGAAAGCGAUAGCAGCAGUGAAAUUAUUCUUGCUAGAAAACAGCCUAGAGUGGAUGUAUUUUUAUCAUCUGACGAGGAGGAGGAGAUUGUUGGAGAAUGGCAUGACCCGAGGGGUAAUCAGCCAAAGAUGGUGCCAUUUACACAUCCUUCUGGGUUUGUACGUGAACAUUUGCAUAUAGGAUCAGAUAUAGCCGUAGAAACCAGCUAUCAAUUAUUUGUGCCGGAUGAAUUGAUGGAGGAAAUUGCCGAACAGACAAACUUAUAUGCAUCACAGAAAGUAGAAGAUGGAUACACGCAGCGCUUGGCAAAGUGGACAGAGACAAGUAAAUCUGAAAUAAAGAGAUUUUUUGGACUGAUUAUAUGGAUGGGAUUAGUAAAAUUACCAGCUAUACAUCAAUAUUGGUCCAAUGAUCCUGCUUAUUUGCAAACGUUCCCGAAAACAGUCAUGUCAAGGAACAGAUUUGAACUGUUACUAAGAAUGCUACAUUUUGUAGACAACAAAAACAAUAAUGGUUCCAAUUGUUUAUUUAAAAUACAACCAAUUAUAGACACUUUGGAAACCAAUUACCAAAAAUAUUACAAUCCAACCGAGGACAUAUGCAUUGACGAAUCCUUGAUUCCCUUUCGUGGCCGCAUUAUAUAUAGGCAAUAUCUAAAACAAAAGCGCCAUAAAUAUGGAAUUAAAAUAUUUAAAUUGUGCUGUGGAUCGGGAUAUACGUAUGCUUUCCGUGUAUACACAGGGAAAACUUUAGAAAAAGAAAUGCCUACUAACAUUGUAAUGUCUCUUUGCAAAGAUUUAUUCGAUAAGGGACACACGCUCUACACUGACAACUGGUACACGAGCUUAAAAUUAGCGGAAAAAUUAAUCAAUAAAAACACCCAUUUAGUGGGAACAUUACGUUCAAAUCGACGAGGAUAUUCGCACCAAGUGAUAUCAACAAAAUUAAAACGAGGAGAAAUCGUGGCAAAAGAAAAUAACAAAGGAAUAACCAUUUUGAAAUGGAGAGAUAAGAAGGACAUCCUAGUUCUAUCGACAAAGCACUCGUCAGAAAUGAUGAAUGUUGAAUGCCGAUCCGGAAAUAAGUGCAAGCCACAAAUUAUAGUAGACUACAACAGACAAAAGGCAGCUGUCGACUUAUCUGACCAAAUGAAUGCCUACAGCAAUCCGUUACGCAGGACCAUAAAAUGGUAUCGAAAACUAGCCUUCGAAUUGUUACUAAAUACUACGGUUGUAAAUAGUUACAUUCUAUACAAAGAUAUUACGAAGCAGAAAAUUAGCAUUACUGAAUUCCGGAAAGAAUUAGCACUAUCCCUUACAAGUUGUGAAAAAAAAGACAUUUCAUCGAACAGAAAUGCAAGAAGAUCUAAAAAACGACAACAUAAACUCCAAAGAAAACCGGGAAAAGUCUCUGAAGUACGGAAAUAUUGUAAAUUAUGUUAUGAUAAAAAUGCAACAGAAGAUGAUAGAGCAAUGGCCAGAAAAAAGACUAAGCGAGUUGUCACAUUUUGUAAUAGCUGUAAAGGAGAACCGUUUUUAUGUUUACCGUGUUUCAAUGAAAUCCAUUAGUCCUGUAAUGAAUUAAAAUUAAAUAAAUUUUAAAUAAAUUUUCUGUAAUUCCAUAAAACAGUGUAAAUUUUAUAGUUCUAUAUCAUGUUACACGCUGUCAGCCAGCGGUGAUCGACGCGGCCUAAACGGAAAGUCUAGUGUCAGCCACC